AUCACGUCGACAGCCCAGCAAGGGCUAAUCCAAGGCCCUUCGUGUCGCUCAUCCGGCACUUACGAUUGAGUGACAUCCUCAGAAAUUAUUCAUACCACUGUUGACGAUCCGCAAUCCUUUUCUUAGAAGCGUUCUCGAGCCUGGAACCCAUAUCGACUGCUAAAGUAUAGCCCCUCCGAAUUUCGGGAAGCGCAGACAACUGUCGAGACACCGCAUAUCAUUCGCUCUCCGGCCCCUGACGGCCCCAAUUCACGUCUCUUAUCGUUGCACAGAUCGUCGCCCCUCUUUAACAUCCUAGUUUGGAUUGUAUGUCUCGAAUCUCUCGCGACCUUGCUAACAGCGCGCACAAUGGCCAUGCGAAUGGUCCCAUGCCUUCAUCCUCGCCUCCCUCUUCCACCAUGCAAGCCCUUCGAAAUGCCAGCACGCUGUCAUCAGGCAGACUCCCCCACGUGGCGGUCGUCGGCGCGGGCAUCGCGGGACUUCGGUGCUCAGACGUCCUUGCUCGCAGUGGCGUCAAGGUGACACUGUUUGAAGCCCGAGAUCGUAUCGGCGGGAGAGUCCACCAGCUGGAAUCAGGCGGUUACCUCGUGGACAUGGGCCCGAAUUGGAUCCACGGUACCAGCGGGAAUCCCAUUAUGCAUCUCGCCGAAAGGACAGGCACCACCAUCCUGGAACCGGAAGAGCACCAGGCGAUUUUCGACGCUGAGGGGAAGAGGAGACCCGACUCCGAAGCCGUCGCGCUGUCGAGCAAAAUGUGGGAAAUGGUCGUUGACGCAUUCAAAUACUCGGACGAGCACUCCGCCGACAUCGAUCCUGGGGUCAGUCUCUUUGAGUACUUCCGGUCCAAGCUCGACACGGACAAAGAGCUCCCUCGCCGGCAAAGACAAGACCUCCUCCACGAAGCGCAGAUGUGGGGGCCCUUUGUGGGCGACCCGGUCGAGAAACAGAGCCUCAAGUUCUUCUUCUUGGAAGAAUGUAUCGAGGGAGAAAACGUCUUCGUGGCCGGAACUUACAGGGACAUCUUGAAGGAAAUCGGCCGCUCCGCGACCGACGAGGACAAAGUCGAGCUGAGACUUGGGACGGAAGUUGUCCAUUUCGAGACGAGAUCCGACCGCGACGACAAAGAUGGAGGCAAUGUCAGAAUCACAGCCUCGUCGGGCGACCAAUCUACCUUUGACGACGUGGUCAUCACAUGCCCUCUAGGCUGGCUCAAACGGCACCACACCAGAGCUUUCACGCCAGCACUACCUCCGAGAUUGGCCUCGGCCAUCUCCAACAUCAACUACGGCCGCCUGGAGAAGCUCUACGUGACGUUCCCAACCGCCUUCUGGCUGUCCCCUGGCGCGGACGGGAAGCCCGACCUGUCCAGUUAUCCUGUCCACACCCACUUCCACGACCCGUCCUACGUCCCCCACGCAAGCGACGAGGCAUGGAACCAAUCCAUCGUGUCGCUCGCUCACCUGCCGCCGCGCUGCGCCCAUCCGACUCUGUUGUUCUACAUCUACGGGCCUUGCGGCACCCAUCUCGUCGAGUCCAUCCAGGACGUCGACACGCACUCGACGGAGUACAACGCCAUCCUCGCCAGCUUUGCGUCCGCGUUCUACUCACGCCUCCCCAACUACAACCCCGCCAACCCGGCCUGCGAGCCCCGAUCCUUCCUGAUGACGAAGUGGCAGGCCGACCCCUUCGCGGGCCACGGCUCCUACUGCAACUUCCAAGUCGGCCUCGAGCGCGGCGACGAGGACAUCGAGGCCAUGCGCGACGCCGGCGGCCUGUGGAAGACCGGCUUGUGGCUGGCUGGCGAACACACCGCGCCGUUCAUCGCGUUGGGGACGACGACCGGGGCGUGGUGGAGCGGCGAAGCCGUGGCCAGGCGGAUUUGCACAAAGUGGGGGAUCAACGUGCCUGGAGACGCGCCGGUACUGGUGGAGGAAAACGGAAACGCCGUGGUACAGGGCGCGAAUAAGAAGGAAUUAGACAAGGACAAGGCAGACGCGGCGAAUCUGAGUGGGUUGGCAAUUUGAUUUUCACGGAUAUCUCGGUCCCUUUUUGCAUAGCCAAUGCUCCUCAAUCCAAGCCCCAGACCUAUGUAGUAGACCACUCAACUCCAACUCGGUGUGCCAUCCCAAGACCAGAAAAGGCCCACCCUGAUGUACAAUGCUCCCUGCUCCAAUCUGUUCGC